UGGAUGUCUUCUUAUAGAGUAAUAAAGCAGAGCUGGCCAGCGGUCUCAUGGCUCUGCCGGAUUCUCUCAUAAACUGAUAUUUAUUGCUUGAUUUAAUUGACAAAACUGGUACGAGCACAUCCAUUUCAAGGAGAGGACCAUGGUGAACAGCUGAGUGGCACCCGAAAGAGUUUUUAUCUGCCACCAUGAGCUCCGUGAGAAGCCUGUCUUCUCUGACCAUCUGUGUGUGUAUUAUAAUGUCAGUGUGUCCUCUGCGAUCAACCGCCACCAGCCUGUGGGGUAACAUGCUGAAGUUCGAGUCUGAAUGUUUGUGCCAGCUGAGGCCAGAGGCUGCGCUGCCAGCCCUGAGGGAGCUGAGCGUGUGCGUGCUUGUACGCCGCACGCUUUCGACAAAAUGGACAGCUUUUGUCUACAAAGCUCCAACAAAGAGUCCCAUAGAGCUCGGCCUUGAGGGCAAAGGUCAACUGCUGACCGUAUGGCUGUUUGGAAAACAGUGGCAGGUGCAAAAGGAAUUGAGGCUGCACGAAUGGCACUCCGUCUGCCUCACCUGGUCGGCCCGUGCUCAGCGGAUGACGAUUUACGUCAACAGAACCAGCCUGGAAGAGAUGCCCCUCAGCAACACCUCACAGCCGCAGCUGUCUCAAAACGGCACCCUCACUCUGGGGGCGUCUCAUUAUGUACAAGUAAAUGGCAAAGUGAAGAUAGAGAGUGGUAGUAACCUCGUCGGGGAGAUUGGUUUGUUCAGAAUGUGGUCCAAAGAAUGGAGUGCUGAGGAGCUGUGGAGGCUGCGGUGUGCAGAUGGGGAUGUGGUGAGCUGGGACCUGCGGAACUGGAAACAUGAGUGUUCUCUUGUUCCAGAGAAGAGCCUACACUGUGCAUGGCCGCUCUACAAAAUCGAAAUGUGGACGCUUGCAGUUCACUCUACGCCCCCCGUAAACUGUUCCAUGUCCCCGGAGAAAAUCACAAGAGACUGGUUGGAGAGCAUCUUUCAACCAAACAUUUCUGUCUUGGAAAUCGUUGUGUCACCCACCAGCCAUACCUGCCCUGUGGUUAAUCAUUCUGCAGCUCUACAUGCGCAGCAAACUCAGGCUCUGGGGGCAUUACCAAACUCCACCUGCCAGAAGUGUUACCACAGUGAAGUCCAUAUAAACGUGGAACCUGCCGCUAACGUGGAACUGGUUCAGGCAAACGUUACUGCGCUGCUGAACGCAACCUUCUCUAACAACUUCCUCAACCUGACAGCUGACGCUAGAAGCAUCAGAAUACUUCCUUCGGCCUUAUUUCCUGGGGUGACAACACUCCCACCAGCUGUCAGCCCUGAAGUGACUACAUCAGAAAGAGGUGUGACUCAAAGCCUGCCAGUCAAACCUACUUCCAUGUCAACGACCAGAGAGCCUCUUGACCUAAAUCUAACGUUCGUUGGACCUGAUAUAUUCUUUAGAGUUAAUCUGACCUUGAGUAUAACAGGCAACCCCCCAGAACCAGAGGGUCUUAUCAAGAAUUGGGUGAAAGAACGACUGGAAGGGAACAAAACAAUGGUCGUGUUGAAUUUCAUCAUAAAGAAUAAUGUGGGCAGGAACAUGAAGCUAAAUGUUGGUUUGAUGGAUUCAGCUGACCAACAAAAACAAUAUUACUGUACCUUCCACGUUCAGGAAUUCAACAUGAACAGCGUGGCAGAAAGUGAAACUUUCAUUAAUGUUUCCUUGACGUCAGAGUAUAAAAACAGUUCUAUUCUCAUUAAAACUGAUGACCUGGCAAUCAAGCACAUAGUGCCAGAAGACUGUAAAGAAGACACCACAACAUCAAUCAAGUAUGGUGAAUACAUCUGGCCUGAGACAUUUCCACAAGUCAUCCAAGAAAUGCAAUGUACAAAGCCUGUGUCAGAGAAAGCGUACAGACUGUGCCAGUUAGACCCUGAAACUGAUGAAACCAGCUGGGCUGAUCCUGAUAUGACGAACUGCGAUCAGCUUGUUUCCAUCACAGAUCUCACCAAUAUCACUGUCACUAGUGAUAACAUGGCUGAGGUUGCGGCCAUAAUUCAAGAACUUGUACAGGUUCAGUUAAAUAACAGCGACGAGCUCUCUUCCCACCAGCUGACUUCAGUGGUGGACAAGCUCAAAGAAGUUGUGGAUAUAAACGACGUCAAGCCUUCUAUUGGAGUCAGCAUCAUCGACACAAUUUCUAACAUGCUGCUCUCUAAGACUGAUCUCACUCCGGUGUCUAACAACAUCCUGAACCUGACAGACAAAAUUGGAGACACUAUGGAUUUCCAUGUUGGAUCUCUGAGUUUAACAGCUCCCUCUGUGGCUCUUUCAAUGAUCGACGUGGAUCCAGAUCAGUUCGGCGGCCUCACCUUUGUCGUGUCUUCUGUUUCUCCAGAAUCAAACCCAAAGGUUUUUCUGAACCAGAGCUUUGUGAGCGAAAGCCCGCCUGAGGCCAGUGCAACCAUUUCCUUGCCCUCUUCAAUCCAAGAUUUUUUCCCUCCUCAUCUGAGAAACAAAACUCGUAUACAGUUUCAGUUUUAUGCAACAGACGACCUUUUUCAGGACCAGUUCAUAGCCAGUGAGUUCUUGAUGUUAAACUCUCAAAUAAUAUCUGCCAGCAUAAAGAGAGGGCUUGUCGUCAACCUGCAGGAUCGAGUGAUAGUGACACUGAGUCACCGAAAGCCUGCAAAGCCGGACAAGGUACAAUGUAUGUUCUGGGAUUUCAACAAGAAUGCUGGGCAGGGGGGUUGGAACAACAGCGGCUGUCAAACCCAGAAUAUUUCUCCUCAUCAGACCAGCUGUCUCUGUGAUCACCUCACGCAGUUUGCUGUUCUCCUGGAUAUAUCCAGAGCUCCCAUCAGUGAAACUGACAGCUACAUUCUGACAAUGCUCUCAUAUGUUGGUUGUGGUAUAUCCUGUAUUUUUUUAGGCAUCACUCUACUCACCUAUCUUCUUUUUGAGAAGCUGCGUAGGGACUACCCGUCUAAGAUACUCAUCAACCUUUCAGUUGCCAUGCUGGGGCUGAACUUGAUUUUCCUUCUUAACUCUUGGCUCGCAUCUCUCUCCAACUACGGCCUGUGCAUCUCCACCGCUGCGGUCCUCCAUUAUUUUUUACUAGCAACCUUCUCGUGGAUGGGCCUGGAGGCCUUUCACAUGUACAUGGCACUGGUCAAGGUCUUCAACACCUAUGUUCCCUCCUACAUCCCCAAGUUCUGUGCCAUGGGAUGGGGCAUUCCUUUGGUGAUCGUUUGCCUGGUGCUGGCUAUAGAUAAAGAUGUAUAUGGAGACAUUGGGUCUGAUAAUUCCUCUGAGCCAUACUGCUGGCUGCAGAAUGAGGGUUUCUUCUACGUGACAGUGGUGGCGUUCGUUCUUCUGAUCCUGCUGGGCAACAUGUGUGUGUUCAUCGGGGUUCUGAUUCAGAUCAGAAAGAUGAAUGCCAACAAGCCAUCAGCAAACAGACAUAACACUGUGCAUCACCUGAGGGCAGUAGUCGGUCUGACUGUCCUGCUUGGCCUGACAUGGUUGUUAGGCUUUUUUUCAUUUGGACCUGGGAGAGUAGUCAUGAUGUACCUGUUCACAAUCGCCAAUACUCUGCAGGGCUUCUUUGUUUUUAUCUUCCACUGUUUGAUGAAGGAAAAUGUGAGGAAACAGUGGAGCAUCCACUUCUGCUGCGGACGUUUCAGUGAAUACUCAGACCGGAGUCGCUCUGCAACAGCGGGAAGCAAAAAGAAAAAUCUUGUUAAUUCUGAAUCAGUUGCUUCUGAAAACACAUCCACCUCUACAGCACCCAACCUCCAUCAGUAGGGGGCAGGAGUGGGCCUCUAGAUGAGCCAUUUCAGUAGCAUUUCGAGGUCCAUUGUUCACUCCUAAACAAUGAUGGUAGUGAGGCUGAAAAAUGAUAUAAUGGGAAGAGAAAGAUUAGAUAAACCACAUUUUGAUGGAGCUACAAUGGGUCCACAGAGAUUACUGCACCAUGCAUUAAAACCAUUCAUGCAAUUCAAAGAUUGCAUAGAGUCAGUUCAAAGUAAAGGGACGUGAUCUGAAUACUUCACGGUUUUGUUGUAUAUAUCAGACCAAUGUUAUAACAUUUUUCCAUUUAAUUUAAUUUUAUCCUAAUAGUUUUUUUUUGUGAUUUUAUGUUUUCAAUAAUAAUUAAUUUCUCUUUGUUUGUCACAAAAAUCUUGAGUGAAGGUUUAGACUUGGAAAUGUGUGUUCACUCAUCUUUCUUGACUGGAAAGUAAAACUUUACAGUCGAAUAUAUUAUUUUUUCCUCGACUAGAAACUCUCUGUAAAGCCAUAUUACAGAGAUUGUGGAAAUAAAAAGAUUUUUUCUUCUUCUAACAAA